CCGCCAGCCGAUCUCACUCUGUCGGGGACUGCUCGAUGAUUAAAAAUCGCGCGGCGCGAUUCGUCAGAUGCGGAGGGCCAAAGGUUACGCGCGCGUGGCUGAAUCGCGCUCUCGAACGAGAGAACGGCGGCCGCCGCUUAGGAGGUUAGCACGCCGAGUUUGAUAUAACGGUACCCCCGAGUCUCUCUCUCUCUCUAUCUCUCUCUCCCCGUCAGUGUCCUCGCGGCUGGCAGCGCGCAUCUGCGCGCGCGAUCCUGCCGAGUCGAGAUACACUUGUUGCGCAGUCCGAAGUCCGCGCGCGCCGUGUCGCUUCCUCGACUGUUUCGUUCUUCGUCGUCGGUUAUUUUUUUCAAAUCGCGUCCGACGUUCUCUCGAUAAUCCCUUCGGCUGCCAAUGACGUUCGAGUGAGGAAAAGAGAUUCGGUAUCGUACGUCGUGCGUGUGUGCGAAUUACCGAUUGGAAACGAGAUGGACGGUGACAAGAAGGAGUCGUGUCCGAUAUGCGGCAAGGAGUUCGCUUUCUCCGUCAUCGAGUCCCACACCAACAAAUGCUUGUUCCUGCACGAGUCCGCGGCAGACGAGAGCACGGUCUUGCUGAAGGACUCGAGUCCAGUCGCUAAGAAGAGCAAAUUAAAAGCAGCGAGCGCGAGGAAGAGCAAUUUGGUGGUUGGGAAGAGGAAGAAUUCUCUGGAGCAUUUCUCCUCUCAGGGUAUCCAGAGGGACGUGGAGGACGUUAAGGAUGUUAGAGAUGUUGUGUCGCCGAAGAGUACGCACAAUGAGAAUAAGAAAUUACGUGGGAGCGAAUGUAUACCUCUCGCAGAACAGAUGAGGCCCACAUCGCUUUUGAGCUUCGUCGGCCAGAAACAUAUCCUCGGGCCUCGCACUAUGCUGUCAGAGCUCUUGCAAAAGGGGGAGAUACCCAACAUGAUUCUUUGGGGUCCACCUGGUUGCGGCAAAACGUCCUUAGCUAAUGUUAUUGCGCACAGAUGCAAGAACGAUGUCGGCCAUAAGCUGCGCUACGUUAAACUGUCCGCUGCGAUGGCCGGCGUCCAAGAAGUGAAGGAAGUCAUCGGCAUCGCCGGUAAUCACUCCAAGUACGGGCAGCGCACGAUAGUGUUCAUGGACGAGAUACAUAGGUUCAACAAGACGCAGCAGGACGUGUUCCUGCCGCACGUCGAGUCGGGCGUCAUCACUCUGAUCGGCGCCACGACGGAAAACCCCUCGUUCAGCCUGAACUCCGCGUUACUGAGCCGGUGUAGGGUGGUCGUUUUGCACAAAUUGUCCAUCGCGAAUCUGGUGUCAAUCCUGAGGCGCGCGGUGCUCUCGCUGAACGGCGUGGUUCUCCUGUCGCGGAAGAACGAGGGAGACGAGGAGGAGGGCAGCACGUCGGCGGAGGGAAGCAGAGUCGAGGGAGAGCCAUCCUGCGACACGAGAUUCAUCGUGGACGAGCCGACGAUUGAAUGGCUGGCCGGCACUUGCGACGGUGACGCUCGCAUAGCGUUGGGAGGCCUGGAAAUGGCGGUGCAGUCCAAAGUACCGAAGUACGAAGAGGACGAUUCGCCGGCUGUCCCGGUGAUAACGCUGAGCGACGUCGAGGAGAAUCUGAAGAAAACUCACAUGCUGUACGACAAGAAGGGCGACCAGCACUACGACAUGAUCUCCGCAUUGCACAAGUCGGUCAGAGCCAGCGACGAGAACGCCUCGAUGUACUGGCUGACCAGGAUGAUUGCCGGCGGCGAGGAUCCGGUGUAUAUCGCGCGCAGAUUGCUGAGGAUGGCUAGUGAGGAUGUCGGCUUGGCCGACCCGAAGGCUCUGGGAAUCGCGACGCACACGAUGCACGGCUGCAAGAUGAUCGGUAUGCCCGAAUGCGACGUGCUUCUGGCGCAAUGCACGACGUAUCUGGCGAGAGCCCCGAAGUCCAGACUGAUGGAGGACGCGCUUAGGGCCGCGCAACGAGCGGUAGCCGAGCACAAGGGUCCGCAACCGGGGGUGCCCUUCCACUUGAGAAACGCCCCCACGAGGCUCAUGAAAGAUCUUGGAUACGGUAAGGGGUACAACAUGAAGCAUCGGGAGGAUUCCGGAUUGAAUUACUUGCCAGAGGGACUAGAAGACCUGGAUUUUUUCGGGGACGAUGGGAACAACUCGAUGUGAAGAUAUAGGUGCGAUCGAUCCACUUGCAUUUCUACUUGUGUAACAAUAAUCGCCUGGUUGCUCGAUCACCAAGAUGAAUUACGCGAUGUUGCGUCGUCGCGCGAUAAAAUACAUUCUGCUUUAUGAGUCUCAUUUAAGAACAGAUCUCAAGGACUAAGACUUGAAGCAAUUAUAUUAAUAAUAAAUUGUAAUGUAAAUCGUAUAGGAGUGAUGUUUUUAAAUAUAUAGUAUAGAAUACA